UGACUGUAGGUACGAGAAACGUCGUCGUAAGUAGGUGUAAAAUUUCAUUGAACUUCAUUGAAUUUUAUAAUGUAGGUACAAAUAUUUUCAUAAAUUCACCAUGAAUGCUAACAAAAAUGAAGAAAAACAGCUUCCUGAUGGUUGGGUGCUGUGUGCUUCAAAAUCAAAUCCAGGAAGAAAGUACUACUUCAACAAGAAAACGGGGAAAUCUUCUUGGACCCAACCUGUGCCGGACGAUAAAUCUGGUCAAAGCAAGCUUAAAAGUAAGAAGACUAAAUCUGGACACGAAGAAAAAAGUAGGAAAGACGAUUUUAACAAGAAACCACUGAAGAGGAAAAGCGAUGGUCAAGGACAAAGUUCUCCACAGAAAAAGAAACAAAAAGAUGUUCCAGAUACACCCACACCUGAGAAACACAAUGUGCCGUCACCGAAAAAGCAAACACCUAGAAAGUAUGCAGAUGCUCAUAAAAAGCAGAGUCCACCGAGUGCUUCAAAAGCGCAAGCACAUUCAGCAAAAAAUAUUGCUAACUCAAGACUGUCACACCUUCGGGCUCAAUUGGAAUCAGAUGCUAAGAAAGACGAAUCCGUGGACCAGUCACCUGUAAAAACUCUUAAAAGGAGUCCCACUUCUUCUCAGACAGAGCCACUAGCUAAAAUACAAAGGACCGAAUUAAAGAGUCCAAACUUGUCCGAGUCCAAAUGUUCAACGACCACACAGUCUCCCAGCAGUGACAGUUUGCAGUCUAUUCCAUCACCAUCACAGUUCCUUGCAGCAAACAAGAUUAUAUCUUCUAUGAAGGCACAAUUGCCAGAAGAGUUUUCUGAUAAAUUGAGGAACAAAAAUACUUUUGCAGAUAUAGAAGAAGGUAUCAAUAAACAAACACCUGAGUACCCAUUCAUGAAACAUCCAGCCACCCCUCCACAAUUUUCGGAAGCCAGUAAACUUGUGUCAGCUAUAAAGUCAAAACUUUCUUAUAAAGGAUCUGUAAACAAUGAAACACCUGUUAAAACUUUUACCUCUGCUAAAGAUCGUAUGGAAGCAUUAAGAACUAGAUUGAGUAAUGAAGCAUCAUCUGAUUCUAGUUCUUUUUUAUGUAGCACUAAUGAUAGCAUAGUUGAAGAAAAUACAAUUGAAGCUAUGGAUGUGGAUUUUAAUAAACAAGUCAUCCAGAAAGCACCUCCAGUACAAUGUGUAAAAGAAACUAUGUGUACAGUAGAUAGUAAAGAACAGUUACUUUUAGUUGUGGAUACAAACAUCUUCAUACAUGAGCUUGAUGUUAUCAAAGACGUUUUGAAUUCUCACAUUAAAGGUUAUAGUGAACAACCAAACUUGUUGGUUCCAUGGCGGGUCAUAAAUGAACUUGACAGGUUAAAGGACAAUAAUAAUGGGAAUGGGGCCAUAUGUAAGAGAGCGAAGGCUGCUAUGGACUACUUGUACAAAUCCUUGCCGGAAAACACACGUAUCAAAGGGCAGUCGCUGCGUGACUCUAAUUCUCACAUCUAUCCUUGCGAGUCGCCCGAUGAUGAAAUCCUUAACUGCUGUCUGCAGCAAUCGGAAAGGGGCAAGUCUGUGAUAUUGGUGUCGAACGACAAGAACUUGUGCAACAAAGCGGUGAUAAACGGUCUAAGGAGUUUAUCGCUGGCGGAACUGAGGCCCUUACUAACCAGCAGACCGGAAGGAAACCACGCGGGCUCCAGUCUGCAACGAUACCACGCCGCUAUAUAUCAUCUGCUGGCUACAAUACUAGAGAACGAGAUGCGUGCGAAAUACAACAACCUAUGGGAGCACGUGUUAUUCAAGCCUCCACCUUGGACGUUAUGCGAUGUGCUGGAAUGUCUAUUGAAGCAUUGGAUAGCGGUCUUCAACGAAGUCUUCCCGAGGAUAGAGCAUCUCAUCAAGGAUCUCAGUUACGCUUACAGAAGCCUUAAGGAUAAGAGUCCCAAAUCAUUAACACAAUCGGAAGUGGCGAACUUCAAGGAGCUUUGCUUGGAGAUAGCCAGAAAGUGUCAGAUAAUACCGGAGUAUAUGGAUCUGGCUAAGCUCACGGUGGAGAGACUCCUGCGCCAGUGUGAGAGCGAGACGGCGAGCGACGAGAGGGACGGCGAAAUGGUUGUCAUAGAAGCGUUCGAGGGGCUGUGGACUGUGUUCUCCAGUUAUUGUGCCAAAUUAGCGUCCGGCUUGGGGGUUCCGCACAGCCUGGAGGAUAAGAUUCAGUGCAACGACUCACUCGGAGUACUCACCAGUAAAUACAGCUUGUUCCGCAACCAGAUCGAAGAACUCACGCUUGCUAUUAAGGGGGCUCUCAGUAUAGAGGGCGCGGGAGCGGGAGGGGGAGGGGGUACAGACGCAGGCGCGUAUGUGUCGCGGCUGCAGAGCGCGUUCCGCGCCAGUCUGUCGCUCGUGUGUGCGGACACGCAAGCUUUACAAACCAACAAGCUACGCCACUUCUGUGCCACUUGCGGGAAUAUGCUCCAAGAGGCCUGCACGAAAUUUUCACAACUAACAGAAAUAUUAGCGGCUUGCAAACACAAAAUAGGAGACGACUGAAAUAUAUCACAUUGUACAGUAACGGCCACAAGUGAAUAAUGUGAACGUUUUAGUCAAUUUAUUUCACGAUGAACAAUGUUUAUCAUAACAUGAGAAACAUCGCAAAGCUAUGCCAUAUUUUAGCUAUGCUUAUAUAUAGACAAGACAUUAAAAGUAACAAGUAACUUCAUUAUUCGUGUAUCGGAAAGAAUAACUUGUAAAUUUUGCUAAAACAAAUCUAUCUAUCGUAUUAAAAUAAAAUGCUGUAAUAUUUUAGUUUUGUUAUAUAACAUGAUUUACUUGUGACCGCUAUUGUACCUAUAUCUAGUCCAUAACUUGUACAAAGUUGUACAUCUAGGCGGGAGUGAUGAAAGGGCCUAUUAGACUACCCAAUUUUAAGGGGCCCUGUUUAAGGGCGGUGUAAAAGAAAUUAGGGAGUAAGGGACCCGAUUAGGGUUACCAUUUAGGAAUUUCAAAAGUCCUGACAAAAAUCCUGAGAUUUCGUAAAAAGUCCGGACUUUUUAGUCAUAAAAUGGUACCAUUUCUCACUUAGUUAUAAUAGUAUGGUAUUUAAAUCAAUAUGUAAUUUUAUUAUUCAGAUUCAAAGUAAUUUAAAAAAAAUCCGAUUGACGCGAUCCGAUCUCCCUAUGUAGGGUCUCUUACGCCCUGACAAUCGGGUAGCGAAAUAGCUGUUAGGCAGUAAGGGAGCUCAGUCGACGCUCCGAGAGCGUAUGGACGUUUUUGUAGUCGAAUUAGUAUAUGGGCGCAAUGGCAUCUAAUGAAGAGAAAGAAGUGUUACUUAAUUGUGUUCUAUAAUUUUUGUGGUAAAAAAAACAAAACUAUUCAAAUAAGGCACACAUUUAAAUAACCACCAAAUAAUACUAAUUGAUUCUCAAAUAAAUACAAUUGGUUACUUAUUUCUAUUUAUUUAUGACAUAAUAAAAAGAAAUAUGAUCCUUUAAAUAAAGAGAAAAAUGCCGAAGGAUUUAGAGAAGUUUAUAAAAAAUUGAUCAGAAUGCAUCCGGUGUCAACGACGACAUUCAACCGAUACGAUUUUUACUUUCAGACUGAGUUAGGGUCCGAUUGAUAAGGCAGUGUAAUACACGCCCACCCUUAGGGCCCUUAAAAUUGGGUUGUGUAAUAGUAGUUGAAAUUAAUUUUAUUAGGAAGUCCUAUUUCAGUGAUGAGUACAGUCGCGAGAGAAAAUGUUCAAUAUCGUCUAGUGGUUAAAAGUGGUACAAACUACAUUGUAUUGCAAACUAUUUAUUCAGACAUUGGCGUUUUUAUCAAUCGAUCAAUCUUACUGAAUAGGGACUUCUGCGUCUUCGAAGACUGACUAAUGGUUAUACUUUGACGACUUUUCGUCUUUAAAUAAAAAAAAAAUGUAGAAUGGUUUGUAGUGAUUUUGUUUCCGUAACAAUAUCAAAGGAUAAUACAUGCAUACUCUUACGCUUCACUGUUAGUUAACCUUGAUAGAUUUAUCAAUGUUUACAUCUAUUUUUAUUUGGUUCCAAAACUGGUAAAUUUUUAGCAAUGAAAUUACCAGACUUAACCUACAAUGUAAUUGUUUUUAGCUGAACAGAUGUAAUUCCGGUAUUUGUGAGACGAAAAUAAUGCAAUUGGCUUAUUUGUAUACCUAUUGCAUAUAUUAAAUAUCGUGAUACAGUUUUAUUCAACGCAGUAACUUGUUUAAUUUAUAGUUUUGGAAGGUUUUGUUUGACGCAUCAAUUCAAAGAUAAAAAUGUAUAUUUACCUCUGUUAAAAAUGUUUAUCUCGUAUACUUGCGAAGCUCCAGAUUACUGGUUUAUAAUCGAUGAAUUGGAAUAAUUGUAUUAUACAGUGUUACGGGUACUCUUGUAAUUUUUGUAAAUAAAUCGUUUCGAUCACACGUCUGAUUCUAUCACUUAAGUUAGAUGCUAAUAUGCAUUAAUUAUUGUUUAGUAGAUACGAUUAUGCGUGUGACUGUACAUUGAUGGUUGGUUAGGGCAAUUAUUAGAAUAAAUAGGUGAAGUUCAUAAUUAUUCCAUUUUGUUAACUUUUAGUAUUUUUUUCUUUGUUAACGAUUUGCUUUUGUAAUCAUAUACAGUAUAAUCUCACUAAUACGGCACUAUUAAAGACCGGAGGGUGCCGGAUCACUUACUGGAUUAUAGUGAAAAAGUCGUAGGCAACGAAUGAAAUGAAGCAUUUCGUGGAUGGAAUAAAUGUAUGUAAUGUAUUAAUUUAACAAGUACAUACAUAUGGAAUUACAUAGUUUUAAAAUUAUCCUUAAUUGAGGUCUGCUUUUGUGCAACUUGUAGUUUAAAACCUUUUCUCACAUGUUGCGAAGAAUUAUAAUAUCUUUGGCAGACAUGCCGUUUUCUUCUGCCCAUAUUAUGCAGGUAUUGAAACAAAUCAAAUGCUUUUAUUGGCAAGUUGGAUCUUUUCAUAAACUUCUCGACUUCUGGGACAAAGUCAUUAUGAAACCAUUCGCUGAAUACUUCUCUCGUGACCCAACUUCUUUCUAAUUUGCUUCCUGUAGCAGACUGGCAGACAAAUGUUCUUGAAAGCUCUGGGAUUUUCUGCUUUACCAAUCACUAACAAAUCCAAGAGCACAGGUGUAGAGGGGCGAGGGAGGCAUAGGCGGAGGGUGCCGUAUUAUUGGACGUGCCGAUCUAUCGAAGUGGUGGAUUAGUGAGAUUAUACUGUAUAGAGAAAUGUUUGAUUUCCAAUGUAAAAUAGAAUUGUCCGGAAUACAUGAUAAUGAUGUUUAUACUGCUUAUUUUAUAAUUAGCGCCUUUUGGUUAGGGCAUUCGUGGGUUUGUAUAUUGAGAAGCGACAUUUGGGCAGUUGGACAAGUGGCAAUAAUUUAUUCGUUUUAACGUUAAGAUAUAAAUUGAUUACAAACUUUUGUUUGAUAAUUGAUUAAUGAAUUUUAGCAUCCAAUUUAAUUUACAGAAUACUCAGUGGCGCGAUGGUCGGUACUCAGGAUUUAACCUAUCCAUACCAAAUGUUAUCAAAAAGGUUAUUCGGUUUAGAUACAAAGAACUUGAUUUCUUUAUUUAUGUGAUAUAGCCAACGAUAUUAAAUACCCUAGAUACACCACGAGCGCUCAAAAUGUGUCCCAAUCAAGAAGUGCUUGAACACCACUCAAGCACUUCUUGGUUCACAGUCACGCGCGGACCGUUACAAAGUCAAGAUGCCACAGAGCUCCGCAAAAAAAUGCGAAAAUAAUACUUAAAGUACGAAAAGUGUCGUUUUUUCGACAGGUAUUCAGUCAAUGUUUGUUAAUUUAACUUAUUUGAAGUAAAUUUUGAUCUAAUACUUACUAUAAAUUGAUUUAAUACAAAAUAUUUGUGAUAUACAAAUGCAUGGUCGCUUAUACGUCGCCAUAAUAUGGCGACGUAUAACCGACCAUGCCGUCUCUUUUCCUCGCGGUCCGUGCCUGCUAUAUUGCUAACAGCGCGUUCAGAAUUGCGCGUAGAGUCAAAGAGCUAAGGUCUAAAUUCUUCCGCACAGAGCAAUAAGUCGUAAAAUUUUACGAGCUUGCAUUUCGAACUGUCAGAAGUCCUUGACGCAUGCGUUUUAUUUAAGUACCUUAUACAGUAUGUAUUUAAGGUUACUUUCAAUAUUUAAAUAAUGCCUUAUAUUGAUUUUAUGGAUAUGGAGCUCUGUGGAUCGUUCAGUGUACCUUUUGGACAGGUUUCGGGCACGAUUUUGUUCGUGUUGGUGUAUCUAGGGUAUUUAAUAUCAUUGGAUAUAGCCUCUAAAUGCGAUCGAUCGGUGUGAAGAUCCUUAGUGAAGGUCUAUUCUCAGUUAUGUAAGAAAAUUGCUAUUAAGAGCGGAUGCGAGCUGAGUUACAUUUUGAGAAAUAGGUAUUGGAAAAAACUAUUGCUGUCACGCAUUGGCAAAUACCGUGCGAUAGAGACAACAGUAGCUAACGCUGAAAAUUGCAAAAUUCGAGGUUUCACUUUCGGCGAUUUCCUCCUCGAAAAUUAGAUUUACGUAAAAGAAAUUUUACACGAAGAAUAAUAAGUAGUUAAACUAUGCCUCUCUGUUUUGUUUUUUUUUUAUAGAAAGCUUAUUAAAUCUCCACACUGGACGUCUUUAGUGGUGAUUAAAUUUUUUUUAUUUUUUUGGCCUUUUUCGAGGGCUUCUAGUUUCUUUGAAACUCAAGUUAUCGAUAAAAGGAAGAUACAGGAGCAUAGAAUGAGUAAAAUUAUAUUUUAUUUAUGAAAAUCAAUUCUUGAGUGAUAAAAAUCAAAGAGGAAUCUGUCGAGAACGUUUGUAUGGAAAAAAAACGACAGGUUGCAUUCCGGGAGUGCCGGCAGAAGUGAAAACUUGAAUAUUAACGUUGUGCAUUUUUUAUAUUUUGGAAUGGUUUGGGAAUAAUUUUGCACGAAUUGCUUUAUUUAUCAGUAUAAAAGUACUAUCAUGUAUGUGGUAGAAUACAAUAUUUAUUUAUUGCGCUGUCGUACACAAACAUGACAAUUCAUAUUACAUUAAAAAAGUUUAAGCGCACUUAGCGACAUCUAUUGUAAAGAAAUCAACUUACUUGAAUCACAUUUAAUCGCACCUAGCGACAUCUAUGUAAAAAAAUGCAUUUUAUUCACAAUAAAGCUGCCACGUGGACGUCCUAGAUAGACUUAUUAUUAUAAUACGGUAAAAUAAAAUAUAACUAUGUUUCGUCCAAUAUCUUGAAAGUCGACAACCUUUCCAAUUUUAUGUGUGUGUGUCAUGAUGCGAUCAGCCCACGUGUUUAACCUAUUUAACAUUUUUUACCCAUACAAAAAAAGUGUACAACGCCGCUAAAGAAGUUUUCACUUCAAAAACAUAGCCCGCUUCCCCUCUUAAAUGCUUACUUAACUUUGUACCGUUUAAUAAGUUCCAUAUGUACACCCUUUUAUAUACACCACCCUAUAAUAAUAAUUUUUAUUUUUUUAUUUUCUCAUCUCUCAUUAUCAUGCACUCGUAGUAACGCGCCCGUUUACCAAAUGGAUGAUCCGUCACUGUCGUAUACUAUUUUUUAUUGUUUAUCAAUGUUAUAUUAUAUAACGAUUGUCACUUAUCGAAGCGCCCUAAGGUUGUAUUAUGAACUUUCAACGCUAGGCAAUUUUUAUUUGAUACAGCGAGACAUCACAAUUAUUAUUAUAUUCUAUGGACUGUGACUUCGCUUCUACCACUGUUAUUGCUUGGCUUGGCCAUAUUUAUCUACCAACCUAUGCAGUUUUUUUGUAUAACACUGAACAGAGACAAAACACCGUGUAAUAAGUCCCAAAUUUAAUGUUUGUUUAUUAAUAAUAUGGGUAUAUAAUUCGCGAUAAUAAAUAUUGAGUCUGUGCUUCUAUUGAUCUUGAGAUCUGUCUGUACCUCUCGCACAUAUUACCCAUAUGCUUAUUUGUAAAUUUGACAACAGUCUGUCCUUAUCUAGCUUUAUGAGGAAUGAAAAGGAUAGAGUGAUGUCAAGAUUGGAUUCUUUAUCUAUAGGCUUGAGUUAUAAGAGUUCAUAAUACGAUUUCUAGCCUUAUAAAAACGUAAUACGGUUAAAGGCUUUUACUUAUUUUUAUAUACCUACUCCUACUGUAUUCACGGAAACGAGCUACUACCGACGAAAGCUAAGCUAUGCCGUCAUUGGCCGGAUUGUAUUGCUGUCGUUACUUCGGCCAAUGACAGCCCCCUAUUUUGAGUGACGCAGGUUUAUAGCCUACUUUUUUUUGUAAGGGAUUGUGUGAUAAAGAAAGCUUUCCACUAACUCCUUUCCGUGAAUAGAGAGGAGCGAUGAAAUUUUAUACAAACUGAAUAGGCUAGUUGACCCUUUUUGGAAAAAGGUUUUAAAUGGUUAAUAAAUGUUCUAUUAGACCGAAAAAAAAUGUAUUGUAUUUUUUUGAGACCUAAAAAGCUACAAAUUUUUAAUUUUAAAAUAGAUUUUUCAUGGAUAUACAAAAACGCUGUCGGCCAUUUUAGUCUAUAGAUUAUCUAUGCUAUGACGUUAACUGCAGUAAACACAUAGGAAAGGUAAAUAAACAAAAACUCGUAAGCACGUAGAAAAUAACUUAACUGACUAUAAUAAUCAAAAGAUGAUUUCUAAUAAAUACCCCGAAAAAUAAAGUAAUUAUCAUUAUUGUAUUGUACGAGAAUAUAAAAACACAUCCUUGAAGACUCCAGGAAAGUUUUGGAUUAAAAGUGCCGAAAGAAAUUAACCUACGCAACUUUAUUACACUUAUUCAUAUGUUGUAUCAGUUUUAUGUUUAUUACUACAUUGUAAUACUAAAUACACUGUACUUACAUAGAUGCCUUGUCGUUUCUCUGCUCCGCAGAGCAGAAAUCGGAGUUUAGUGCAAUAAAUUCACCAACCAUGAAUGCGUCAAUUCUUGGCAGAUUUGUGCUUUCUGUUUUCACAAAGCCGGCUUCCAUAAUUAGUUUUUUCAAAAAAAACAGUAAACGGAAACUUUUCUAAAGUUAAAAGUGUUUUAAGAUAAAAGUCAGACGAAAGAAUCCACCCACAGUAACACGCGAAUGACAUUUAGUUGUUUACCAUAAGAGACGUCACAAUCAUGGCGGAUGUGGCGAAUAGCGUUUUUAGUGUUUAGAAAAUAUAGACUAAAAAUUAUUUUUUUAAAUUAAAUUUCUACAGCAAUCUUCUGCUUUUAUGAAGUGAAAUCGAUAUAUUUAGGUUCCUUAGACGAAAUACUUUAAGAAAUAAACAUUUAUUUAAUACAAUUCGACAUGAGUCAACUAGCCUAUUGGGCUAGACUGCAAGCGAUUUACGCACGUAUAUGUUUACCCGAGUUUAUAUUUUUGACUGCACAUAUCGCACCCAAAUUAAAGUGACCUAUGUACAAAAUUGGUUAGGUGCCUUUUCCCUACAGGGUGGCAAGUAUCCAAUUCAAUUCCCUAGAUUUUUAAGUUCUAAUUGUAGCAAAAUUUGCAAAGUCUUUGAGUUGGGGAGCUUUCAUUGUAAGGGUGCGAUUUAUAUGUUAGGUUUUGAUCUGUAAAUGGAUCGUUAAUUAUUCUGAAUUAUUAUUUUUGGUCUCUAAAAAGCUCACAAAAAUGAGGAAUGGUGCAAUAACUUUUUCUUUAUUGACCCUCUACAAAUAAUCAUUAUUUUAUUUUUUUGUUAGUAAUCUCAUUCUGAACUUGAAUAUGUGUGCGUCUCUUCUUUGGCAUUUGGAAAAUAGCACAGCGGUUUUGAGACGAAUGGUUUCUAAAUUACAAUUAGGGUUCCGUCCUUACCUCCUGUAAGCCUCUGCUGUACAUCUUUUCAUUUCAACAGUAACGAAUCAAAACUAAUAAAAUCAUUUCACACACCUUACUUUUUUUUUAUUUCUAUCAAAGGCGAAGUAGACGAGUUAAAAGAUAUUUAUUAAGUAAAGGGCCAAUGUAUUUGGAUUUAUUAAAUUCGUGUUAAUUAAAUCAGUAGACACUGAACGGAUAGAAAGACGUAUAUGUAGCGGCAAAUUUCUUGAGCAAAACCAGAAACAAAUGAAAACUUGAGCAGUAGACGUUAUUGUAUGUAAAAUUGCUACUGCGCAGGCUUCCUUGUUUAUGGUCUGUACUUUAAAGGUUUGCCGGUGUUUACUUGAAUAAUAAUUUCAUGAGGGCUUCCUUUUUUUGUCUCACCAGACGGCGCCACUGUUGAAUGAGGUACUGAAGUGUAGCUUUAGUUUGGUAAUACGCGCGUGAAAUCAAGUUUUACAUUUAAAUCAUAUUUUAAUACCAAAUAACUGUAUCGUAAGUGUUCACUGUGGCCGACUACGUUCCGUUUAUUUCGUUAAAAAAGGAGGACAUAAUAUUUUUGGCAUAGCUUCGGCUUUGAAUAACUGACAUUCAUUGACUCGUAACUCAAAUUUGCUACAAUUAAUCUGAGUUAUUACCAAAUAUUCACAACGUUAUUGUAAUUAGAAAUAAACCCCCGUAGUCAACUCACAAGCAAUAACAUUUGACAUUUCGGAGACCUCACGCUACACAAGCGCCUCUAGCGGUGGAUUCAUAAGCCGCAGCCCUCAUUCUGACAACUAUUACAACCAUAACGGUUGUAAUCAUAGAUUUAUUGUGAUAAUUAUAAUCUACUUAAACUGUACCCAAGAUUAAUCAGUUAUUGUACUGAUCAAGUACAAGAGACAUUUAAAAUGUUUAUUUUAAUGAUCUUAAUUAAAACGACAGUAUUGCGUGCACUAAGACAAGUGAAUAAGUCCUCGAAUUGUACGGCGUUCGACAAGUGAAUUAAAAGAAUGUAUAUAUUUCAUAAGAUUAAUUUGCUAUAUUAAUGUUACAAUAUUUAUUGUAUGCUGUAUACCUACUUGUAAAGUGGCAUGUUCGAAGAAUCAUUUUUAACUGUAUGAAUUAAAACAAAUUUGCUAAAGAUGAUUUUGUUAAAGUAUGAGUUUGUAUUAUUUUAUUUCAUCCUAUUUGCAGGCUUGGUUUAAUUAUGUAUA